AUGAGAGCUGUCCUUUUGCUUGUAGUUUGCCUGGCCGGCGCGGCCAUGGCAAGGGAAAUCGAUGACAACACAAUGGUUACAAUGGACAUUAAGCAGAAGCAAACGGUUAUCUUGAAACUGUUGAACCACGUCACAGAGCGACUUAUGUACAAAGACCUUGAGGACAUGGGCAAAAACUUUAAAAUUGAGGAUAGCAUCGAAUCGUACACUAAACGUGAUGUUGUAACAGAAUUCAUUAAAAUGCUUAACGUUGGUUUUCUGCCUCGGGGUGAAAUUUUCACGAUUCAUGUUGACCGUCAGUUAAAAGAAGUUGUUAGCAUGUUCCACAUGCUAUAUUACGCCAAGGAUUUCAACACCUUCCUUAAGACAGCGUGUUGGAUGCGACUUUACCUCAAUGAAGGAAUGUUUGUGUAUGCUCUUACCGUGGCAGUCAGACAUCGUGAAGACUGCAAAGGCAUUGUCCUGCCUCCUCCUUAUGAGAUCUACCCCUACUACUUUAUUAACGGUCUGAGGCUUGAAUUAACCAAACAUGAAGACAUGGAAAUGCUUGGCAAAUUGAUCUACAGUAAUCUGGACAAAAACGAUGCUGAUAAGACGCACGUUGGUGCAUACCGGUAUUUGUUAAUUGUCAUGAAGGCUGCCAUUGGAUUGAAUACUUUUAACUCUGACAACUACACAAAGGAAGAUCUCUACUUCCCUGGUGUCAAGAUCGAUAACGUAGCGGUUGACAAGCUUGUUACCUACUUCGACGACUAUCUUAUGGACAUGACAAAUGCUGUUACUUUGACUGAAGAGGAAGAAAAGAAGAUCAGGUCUGACAUGAUCUUUAUGGCCCGCAAACGCCGUCUUAACCACCAGCCUUUUACGGUAACUCUGGAUAUAUUGUCAGACAAGACAGUAGACUGUGUUGUAAGAGUUUUCCUUGGCCCAAAGAAAGACCACCUCGAUCGUGUCGUUGAUAUUAACAGGAAUAGACAAAACUUUGUUGAACUAGAUUCCUUCCUAUAUAAACUAACUACUGGUAAGAAUACAAUUGUCAGGCAUUCCUAUGAUAUGCACAACCUUGUUAAGGACCGCAUGAUGACCCGCGACUUUUGGAAGAAAAUUGAAACUGUAUCUGAUAUGAGAGAAAUGUUUGUCAAAGAUCUAAGGAAUUUCCACACUGGUUUCCCGACAAGACUCUUACUUCCUAGAGGCCGAAUUGGUGGUUUGCAUAUGGUUCUAUACGUAUGUGUGACGCCAUUAAAACUGAUUGAUAAUGUAGAUACGAGCAUCUUGGAUACUACUCGCAAAGACUUCGUGGUGGACUUCAGAUCUACCGUUCUUCUCGAUAAGAUGCCUCUUGGUUUUCCCCUGGAUCGCCAUAUUGAAGUCGGUAACUUCUUUACUCCUAACAUGAAAUUUGUUGAUGUUAUGAUCUUCCACAAGAAAUCAAGCUGCGACAUGAAGACCAGAUGGUACCGCUGGGUGCUGAAGGAUUACGACAUGGUAGAAAGGACACCCAUUGAGUCGAACUACUUUGUUGACACUGACAUUAACAUUAAAGUUGAUCGCGAUCUUAACUUGAAUGACUUCUAA